AAGUUUGUUGCAGAUGCCAACUGACGUUUAUGGUGUCAAAAAAAAUUAUGUUUAGUGUUUUGUGAGAAUUUUGUAAAUAAAAAUAAAGCAAAUUGAAAGGAUUUCUAAAUUUCUGUGUAAAAGAAAAGAGCCCAAAGAUGCGAGACGAUCCCAUUCAGAAUCUGAAGAUUGUGCAGCUGGUGGAGAAAUAUCCGCAUCUGUACGACAGCACACUCAAGGAGUAUGAUCAGAAAACGGAGGUUGAGAGAGCUUGGGCAGAGAUUGGUCAGGAACUCAAUAUGCCAGGAUCAAUCGUAAGGGAUCGAUGGCGGGUAAUCCGUGGCAGCUAUGUUCGAUACCUUCGUCAGCAGAAUGCCCGGAAUGAUGGGGAGACACCCAAGAAGCCCUACUACUUGUCCAACUACAUGAAAUUCGUAGAUCCCUUCCUGAAGCCACGGGAGGCGUAUUCGAUGCUCCUCAGUGGUGAACGGAAACGUCCACGUCGACCCAGGCAGAUAAAAUCCCCACGAGAGCAAUCCGCGUGCAUGUUGGCAGUGAAGAAGCAUCGCUCCAGUUCAGAAUCAUCCGUGUGUCCCAAGGACGAAAUACACGACCUCGUGGAUGAUGCAGAUAAUAAUAUUUCAAUAAUUGAACAGUACUACGAUGAGGAUCAGGAUACAGCUGAAGUGAUGGAGGACAAGGGAGCCGAGGGCAGGGAUGAGAUUCUCUAUGACAUCAGUCAAUCCCCGUCGUCGUGCCAUCGCUACACUGUCAUCCGAUCGGAUCCAAAACCAGAGGAGACCUCCACCAAAAAUGCAGAAAACACCGAGAUUCAGUGGCAAAAGGUUGACACGGAGGAGGAUACGCCGGAUUUGCACUUCUUCAAGAGUCUCCUCCCGGAAAUGGCCAGCCUAACACCCGCAAUGAAGAAUAGAUUCAAAAUUGACGUUCUCAAUUCGCUCAAUAAUCUCCUUUAUGGGGAAUAAAGGACUCCGACGUCCUGCUUGAUGCAUUUCAGCACACACCAAGAAAUUCUAUUUGGCAAUCAUCUUCCCUAUCAAGAAGAUCCCCUCGCUGGAAUACCCGCAAGUCCCACAUCCACACACACACUUUAAUAAAUUAAUAUUAAAUCACAAAUUCCCAAGGAAAGGAUCUCCUUCUACCCCCCAAAACUGAAGGAUAGUUUUUAGAGCAAUUUAAUCGUUUAAUUGUAAUAAAAUAAAUUUUUAGAAGACUUCUCAAUAAAUUUCUGUGAAUAAAAA